CCUCGACAACUCCAUUCCUCCUCAUUGUCAACUCCAUCAAACGGCCUCUUGCCAACAACAAGGCCCAGCUUGCCCAAGAUGACAACCACCAUCAACCUCGACAACGACGCCAUCGCGCAGUCAGGUCUCGUCGACCCCGAGACCCGCGGCAUCCCCCAGAUCCCAGCCAAGGGCUCCAUGGACGUCCGCCGCGAGGUGCAAUCCGUCGACUCGUCGUCCGACGACGAGCUGCCCACCGAGGAGGAGCUUCGCACGCUUCGCCGUGUCUCUGGAAAGAUCAAGUGGAGCAUGUACACCAUCGCUUUCGUCGAGCUGUGCGAGCGUUUCUCCUACUAUGGCUCUUCGGUGCUGUACACCAACUUUGUCACCCAGAAGCUGCCCGAUGGUUCCACCACGGGUGCUCCUCUUGACCCCGAUGGCCAGGCUGGUGCCCUUGGUAUGGGAACUCAGGCUGGUCAGGGUAUCUCUCUGUUCAACCAGUUCUUUGCCUAUCUGAUGCCUCUUGUUGGUGCCUGGAUUGCUGAUGCCCGCAUCGGUCGUUUCUGGACUCUUCACCUCGCCAUCGGUAUCUCCACCAUCGCCCACGUCAUCCUCGUCGCUGCUUCUUCCCCCGGAGUCAUUGUCAAGGCUGAUUCCUCCUUCGCCGCCUUCAUCAUCGGUCUCCUCACUCUCUGCGUCGGUACCGGAUUCUUCAAGGCCAACGUCUCCCCCCUGCUUGCUGAGCAGAAUGAGGACACCAAGAUGCGCGUCGAGGUUCAGAAUGGCGAGCGCGUCAUUGUCGACCCCGCCGUGACAAACACUCGAAUUUUCCUCUACUUCUACUUUGCCAUCAACUUUGGUUCCGUCGCUGGACAGAUCAGCAUGGUCUACGUUGAGAAGUACCACUCCUUCUGGCUGGCCUUCUUCAUCCCCACCAUCCUGUUCCUGACUGCUCCCAUCGUCCUGGCCAUCAACAAGAAGCACUACAAGCUGUCUCCCCCCACCGGCUCCGUCCUGUCCAAGUUCAUGCGCAUGUUUGUGUAUGUUCAGAAGCAGUGCAAGCCCUUCAAGCUCAACUGGGACCUCGCCAAGCCCUCCAACGUUCCCGCUGCUGAGCGCCCUGCCUGGAUGACCUACGAUGACGCCUGGGUUGAUGAAGUCCGCCGAGGUCUCAUGGCCUGCAAGGUCUUCCUCUUCCUGCCCGUCUUCUUCCUCGCCUACAACCAGAUGACCGGUAACCUGACCACCCAGGCCGCCACCAUGGAGCUUCACGGAGUUCCCAACGAUGUUAUCCAGAACCUGAACCCCAUCUCCAUCGUCAUCAUGAUUCCCCUCAUUGACCACCUUCUGUACCCCGGUCUCCGCAAGCUUGGCCUCGCCUUCACCCCCAUCAAGCGUAUGACAACUGGUUUCAUCAUCUCUGCCCUGUCCAUGGUUGCCUCUGCCGUCAUGCAGCAUUACAUCUACAAGAUGAGCCCCUGUGGCGACCACGCCAACGACAGCGACUGCGACCCUGCCCCCAUCAACGUCUGGGCCCAGUGUCUCCCCUACAUCCUGAUCGGUAUCUCUGAGAUCUUCACCAACGUCACAUCCUACGAGUACGCCUACUCCAAGGCCCCCGAGAACAUGAAGUCCCUCGUCAUGAGUGUGAACCUGUUCAUGAGCUGCAUCUCCGCUGCCAUCGGCCAGGCCUUCGUUCCCCUCUCUACCGACCCCCUCCUGGUCUGGAACUACACCAUCGUUGCCAUCAUCGCCUUCCUCGGUGGUCUCGCUUUCUGGUUCUGCUUCCACCACCUUGACUCUGAGGAGGACAAGUGGAACAUGCUCAAGGCUUCCGAGUACAAGGGCACCAACCAGCCCAACGCUCUCGAGAACAAGCUUGCUCACGAGCACGAUGAGGAGGAGGCCAACGCCCCCAGGGACAUUGAGAAGGCUUAA